AUGCGUCUCACGAGCGAGCGUAGCAGGGUAAAGAUGGCGGCGGGCUCGGAUUUGCUGGAUGAUGUUUUCUUCAACACUGAGGUGGACGAGAAAGUAGUUAGUGAUCUAGUUGGAUCUUUGGAGUCUGAGCUCACCGGAUCGGGUCGCGGAAACUCUGCAGUCAGGAUACAGGCUGCCGCAAAUCACAUCGGCAACUCCAAUGUCCAGGACAGCAAAAUGGGACUUUCACAAGAGCUUGCUAAACCAGGUAACGCGUAAAAUAUAGCUUUAGCUGCUGACUCUGGUUAGCAAAUUUUUGUCACCUUAGUUUUUCCUGUUUGCGUAUCUUUUAGCCACACCAUUUGACAAAACUCUUGCUUAUACACAUGUUCAAUUUAUAUAUAUUUGAUAUUUCCCUUUCUCUCAUGUUUCCUCUGCUGUAGGGACUAGCGUCCAAGGGGGUGUCAUUAAUAGUACGAGGUCCACCAUGGAUAUAGCGGCGGGAACGACGGCUGCGGGCUCGAGCAUGACAGCCGGACACAGUCAGAGUAAGACGGGGACAGCCGGUGGUGUGUUAACAGUGGUUCCCGAUCACCGGGAAGGGAUAGGAAAAACUGGAGCGGCUGGUGUUGUACAAACUUUAAAUGGAAGUAACGUUGUAAUAAACUCUCAUAAUUUGGUGAGCUCGGCAAGCAGCACAGUGCCCGCCGUCACGGUUGUCAACAACGGACCAGGCUCCGUGGUCAAAGGAAACGUAAUCUUACCCUCAACUUCCAGCACUGUCAUUCAAACCUCUCUAAUGCACAACGCUGUCACUUCAACUGUAAUAUCGUCUCAGCCGUCUGUUCUAAACAGUGUGCCCACUGUCACGCUCGUGAGGCCGCCUAUGCAAACCCCCGGAACAGUCACAUCGCAGAGCGGGAGAAAUACCUUUCUGACAUCAACUGUCAACGUCGCCCACCCUGCAUGUUCAGGAGCACAAGUCAACAAGUCGGAGACGCCAAAAACGAUCAUACAAACGACAGCACAGGUGACGGGGACGACGACAGCAGCUUUAGGGAAAAGCCCGGUUUUACAAAAUGUAAGGACCUCCAUCCCAUCGACUAUUGCUACCAGUCCUGGUGGGAUAAGGGCGAUCGCGCCUCAGGUGUUGGCCCCAAUACUUCCGCAGCCCCAACAGAAUGCUCCAAACAUCCAAAACAUUCAGCUCCCCCCAGGUAACUUUUCUAUUCUCAGUUGAUAUUGCAUAGCUGAUUCAUUUAAGCAUGUUUUCAUGUGUUACAGUAGCCAAUUAUGUCAGUGAGCCACAGUGAGUGGAGAAGGGAUACAAUGCAUCUUGCUGGCAGCGUUUCAAGGCUCUAUGUGAUGAACAUGAACUUUGUUGCAAAUUUAUGGCUAGCAUUUGUAAACUCAUGUCAGCUACAGUUGUCAUCGCUGUGGCACACAGAUGAGCCUUUUGUUUGUUUAUCAUACAAACUGACCAGUUGCUAUACUGUACUCCAUCCCAGUCUCUUGUGCAUGUGUUUUGCUGUCCAUUGUUCAUGCUCCUCCAGCGCACUGUGACCUGUGGGAACAUUCUAUUGAUUCUGUACUUGUUUUGCCUGUAAAAUCAGAUUAGUGUUGUGCUGUUCCCUGUUGUGAGGUCCUGAUAGCACACGUACAGUUGAAGUCGGAAGUUUACAUACACUUAGGUUGGAGUCAUUAAAACUAGUUUUUCAACCACUCCACAAAUGUCUUGUUAAAAAAACUAUAGUUUUGGUAAGUCGGUUAGGACAUCUACUUUGCGCAUGACACAAGUAAUUUUUCUAUCAAUUGUUUACAGACAGAUUAUUUCACUUAUAAUUCACUGUAUCACAAUUCCAGUGGGUCAGAAGUUUACAUACACUAAAUUGACUGUGUCUUUAAACAGCUUGGAAAAUUCCAGAAAAUGAUGUCAUGCCUUUAGAAGCUUCUGAUAGGCUAAUUGACAUAAUUUGAGUGAAUUGGAGGUAUACCUGUGGAUGUAUUUCAAGGCCUACCUUCAAACUCAGUGCCUCUUUGCUUGACAUCAUGGGAAAAUCAAAAGAAAUCAGCCAAAACCUCAGAAAAGAAAUUGUAGACCUCCACAUGUCUGGUUCAUCCUUGGGAGCAAUUUCCAAACGCCUGAAGGUACCACGUUCAUCUGUACAAACAAUAGUACGCAAGUAUAAACACCAUGGACCACGCAGCCGUCAUACCGCUCAGGAAGGAGACGCGUUCUGUCUCCUAGAGAUGAAUGUACUUUGGUGCGAAUCAAUCCCAGAACAACAGGACCCUGUGAAGAUGCUGGCGGAAACAGGUACAAAAGUAUCUAUAUCCACAGUAAAACAAGUCCUAUAUCGACAUAACUUGAAAGGCCGCUCAGCAAGGAAGAAGCCACUGCUCCAAAACCGCCAUAAAAAAGCCAGACUACGGUUUGCAACUGCACAUGGGGACAAAGAUUGUACUUUUUGGAGAAAUGUCCUCUGGUCUGAUGAAACAAAAAUAGGACUGUUUGGCCAUAUUGACCAUCGUUAUGUUUGGAGGAAAAAGGGGGACGCUUGCAAGCCGAAGAACACCAUCCCAACCGUGAAGCACGGGGGUGGCAGCAUCAUGCUGUGGGGGUGCUUUGCUGCAGGAGGGACUGGUGCACUUCACAAAAUAGAUGGCAUCAUGAGGAAGGAAAAUUAUGUGGAUAUAUUGAAGCAACAUCUCAAAACAUCAGUCAGGAAGUUCAAGCUUGGUCACAAAUGGGUCUUCCAAAUGGACAAUGACCCCAAGCAUACUUCCAAAGUUGUGGCAUAAUGGCUUAAGGACAACAAUGUCAAGGUAUUGGAGUGGCCAUCACAAAGCCCUGACCUCAAUGCUAUAGAACAUUUGUGGUCAGAACUGAAAAAGCGUGUGUGAUCAAGGAGGCCUACAAACCUGACUCAGUUACACCAGCUCUGUCAGGAGGAAUGGGCCAAAAUUCACCAAACUUAUUGUGGGAAGCUUGUGGAAGGCUACCUGACAUGUUUGACCCAAGUUAAAGUGUAUGUAAACUUCUGACCCACUGAGAAUGUGUUGAAAGAAAUAAAAGCUGAAAGAAAUAAUUCUCUCUACUAUUAUUCUGACAUUUCACAUUCUUAAAAUAAAGUGGUGAUCCUAACUGACAUAAGACAGGGAAGUUUUACUAAGAUUAAAUGUCAGGAAUUGUGAAAAACAGAGUUUAAAUGUGUAUGUAAACUUCUGACUUCAACUGUACAUGGACCCACUAUCAAGGGGCACACUGACACUGUAGUGCAUCAUGUAACCUAGUUGCAAGCAUGUGUCAUUUUCUGUUUGAACUGCAUGUCUCACAGUUUCUGUCUAACAAUGCUAUCCACCAUUAAGCGCUCCGCUGAUAGUUGAGUUUUAGUGACAAUUACUUUUUAUUGUAUCACUUUUCUGCUAAGAGUGGCCAUAUAUUUUCUAAGCAAACAACGCUUUAGAAGAUAUUCAAUUGUCACGUAUUUAACGAGUCUGUCUGUUGAUCUAUGACCCCUGUUUGACCCCUCCAUGCCCUCUGCCCUGUGCAGGGAUGGUGUUGGUGCGCAGUGAGAGUGGGCAGCUGUUAAUGAUCCACCAGCAGACCCUGGCCCAGAUGCAGGCUCAAUCCCAGUCCCAGAGCGCCAUGACCCCACGGCCAGCCACCCCCACCAGCACUCCCCCUGUCCAGAUCACCUCUGUACAGGUACACACACACACUGAAACUGUAAAUCAUGUCUCAGCUCCAGGGAUGGAGAGAUCAGUGUGAUUGAAUAAAAACAGGGAUUAAAGAGAGAGAGGUGAACUCCUGGAGCCGUUUGCAACAAUUGGGCGUAAAAAAGUUGUAUUUAAAUGCUAUGUCGGGCAUAGCUACGUCUUUGGGAUCAGAAUUUACACCUGUUGCACCAACCAAAAUAAGACUAGUCCGGCUUAAGUAAUGCGCAUUCAUGAUGAUGGUUGCUAGGCAGCGACAGUGGCAGUUAUAAACUUUGCGAGGCAUGUCCUAUCACUUCGCAAAGCCCACCACUAUGCAUGCAAGUUUUCUUAACCACAACUGGAUGGAUUAUUAUAAAUAAAUAAAAACAUUUUUAGUCAUUUAGCAGACGCUCUUAUCCAGAGCGAUUUACAGUUAGUGAGUGCAUACAUUUUCAUACUGCUCCCCCGUGGGAAUCGAACCCACAACCCUGGCGUUGCAAGCGCCAUGCUCUACCAACUGAGCUACACGGGGGGCUGUAAUCAAUAAUUACUGUGGGAAUGAAUAUCACUGAAUGACUAAAAUAUUGGAAUAAAGUUGGCUAAUGCCAUAGAAGGCAUUUAUCAUAUUGUUGCUUACUGAAACUCCCAAAGUCGUCCAACCGUUUUAAAUACUUUAAAGCAAUAGCUAUAUGUGGUCAACCAUAAUUUCAGCACCUUAAUGAUUGGGACAGUGUUGUCGCGGCACUUUGAGACAAGCGUGGGGACUCCUCUUGAUAAAUCAAUCAAUGUCAGAUUUUUGUUUUCACGGAAUCUCCAUUUGGAUAUUUGGUUACAAUUAGGCUGGGAAAAUGUUUGCCAAAUUGAGUGUUCAUGAUGAUAAUCUUUAGUCUAGUUUGCUCGUCUAACAGUGUUGUCAUAAUAUUUUGUUAUUAUGCUGUGUAGCCGUACAACAGGUGGAUUAUUCUGCUCUUUACUUGUGUAGUAGCCUAGGCUAUUCCCGACUAAAAGCCCUUGACUUGUCUGAUAAUCAAUCAGUAUGAUUUUGUUUCAAUCUCCGUCUGUAUGUUUGGUUAAUAGGUUUCUGUCUGGGCAAAUAAGUGGGGGUGGCAGAUCAUCUAUUCGUUUGCUAAUAUCUGAUCAGACACAUUUAGCGUGCUCUAAUGUAGCAUAAAUCAAGUGUAUUAUGUAGCUAUUGACUUGUGCAUAGGCAACAUGAAAAGCCUGCGUAGGUUGUGAAAUAUGAACACGAGACUCGCAUCAUUUUGAAAAUAUAGAUUGCUGUUAUUUUCUGUGCAUAUCAUGAAUGAAGAUAGUCCCAAUUUAGCGCCCUGCUAGUCGUAGAAUCUACUCCCAGUCGUAGCUCAUACAGUGGGGAAAAAAGUAUUUAGUCAGCCACCAAUUGUGCAAGUUCUCCCACUUAAAAAGAUGAGAGGCCUGUAAUUUUCAUCAUAGGUACACGUCAACUAUGCCAGACAAAAUGAGGAAAAAAAAUCCAGAAAAUCACAUUGUAGGAUUUUUAAUGAAUUUAUUUGCAAAUUAUGGUGGAAAACAAGUAUUUGGUCAAUAACAAAAGUUUCUCAAUACUUUGUUAUAUACCCUUUGUUGGCAAUGACACAGGUCAAACGUUUUCUGUAAGUCUUCUCAAGGUUUUCACACACUAAUGCUGGUAUUUUGGCCCAUUCCUCCAUGCAGAUCUCCUCUAGAGCAGUGAUGUUUUGGGGCUGUCGCUCGGCAACACGGACUUUCAACUCCCUCCAAAGAUUUUCUAUGGGGUUGAGAUCUGGAGACUGGCUAGGCCAUUCCAGAACCUUGAAAUGCUUCUUACGAAGCCACUCCUUCGUUGCCCAGGCGGUGUGUUUGGGAUCAUUGACAUGCUGAAAGACCCAGCCACGUUUCAUCUUCAAUGCCCUUGCUGAUGGAAGGAGGUUUUCACUCAAAAUCUCACGAUACAUGGCCCCAUUCAUUCUUUCCUUUACACGGAUCAGUCGUCCUGGUCCCUUUGCAGAAAAACAGCCCCAAAGCAUGAUGUUUCCACCCCCAUGCUUCACAGUAGGUAUGGUAUUCUUUGGAUGCAACUCAGCAAUCUUUGUCCUCCAAACACGACGAGUUGAGUUUUUUUAUCAAAAAGUUCUAUUUUGGUUUCAUCUGACCAUCUGACAUUCUCCCAAUCCUCUUCUGGAUCAUCCAAAUGCACUCUAGCAAACUUCAGACGGGCCUGGACAUGUACUGGCUUAAGCAGGGGGACACGUCUUGCACUGCAGGAUUUGAGUCCCUGGCGGCGUAGUGUGUUACUGAUGGUAGGCUUUGUUACUUUGGUCCCAGCUCUCUGCAGGUCAUUCACUAGGUCCCCCUGUGUGGUUUGGGAUUUUUGCUCACCGUUCUUGUGAUAAUUUUGACCCCACGGGGUGAGAUCUUGCGUGGAGCCCCAGAUCGAGGGAGAUUAUCAGUGGUCUUGUAUGUCUUCCAUUUCCUAAUAAUUGCUCCCACAGUUGAUUUCUUCAAACCAAGCUGCUUACCUAUUGCAGAUUCAGUCUUCCCAGCCUGGUGCAGGUGUACAAAUUUGUUUCUGGUGUCCUUUGACAGCUCUUUGGUUUUGGCCAUAGUGGAGUUUGGAGUGUGACUGUUUGAGGUUGUGGACAGGUGUCUUUUAUACUGAUAACAAGUUCAAACAGGUGCCAUUAAUACAGGUAACGAGUGGAGGAAUGAGGAGCCUCUUAAAGAAGUUGUUACAGGUCUGUGAGAGCCAGAAAUCUUGAUUGUUUGUAGGUGACCAAAUACUUAUUUUCCACCAUAAUUUGCAAAUAAAUUCAUUAAAAAUCCUACAAUGUGAUUUUCUGGAUUUCUUUUUCUCAAUUUGUCUGUCAUAGUUGACGUGUACCUAUGAUGAAAAUUACAGGCCUCUCUCAUCUUUUUAAGUGGGAGAACUUGCACAAUUGGUGGCUGACUAAAUACUUUUUUUCCCCACUGUAGAAGGCCUACACCCUUCUGGUGCAACAGGUAUAAUUUUUAAGACCAACUGGUGCAACCGGCCCCAGAACCCUUGUCCUUUCCUCUUUCCUGUAGGCUCCAGGGAUGCCCCUCAUGGCCCGUCAGGUGACCCCCACCACCGUCACUAAGCAGGGCUCCCCUGCUCAGAGCACUGUCCAGGCCACCACCACCCUCCAGAGGCCUCCUGUACUACAGCAGGUAGAUACACACCUCAUCCCCCUCUUCUCUCCUCUUUGGGAGUCCCCCCCCUCAGUCUUAUUUCAUCCCCUGCUCACUUUGUCCCAUCUCCUGUAGAACACCAUUAUGCUGGGUGGGGCAGCUGCCACCCCAAGUCAGGCCCCAGUGCAGCCUGGCUCGGCAGCAGCAGCAGUCACCCAGCGAGCAGGGACUCCCGGAACUACUGGGACACCAGGAACUCCCACUACCAUUACGGUGAGACAAUACUCCUCUACUCCCUCCCUCCUGCAUUUAUCUACUCCUAAAUGGUCAUGCAAGGGUUUUUACUCAUGUGUAUGUGUGUAGGAGACCCUGGAGAACGUGAAGAAAUGCAAGAACUUCCUUUCAACGCUGAUCAAGCUGGCAUCCAGCGGGAAGCAGUCGUCUGAGACCACGGCCAGCGUCAAGGACCUGGUCAAGAGCCUGUUGGUACGCCUGUCUGGCCGUCUGUGUCUGUUUCUCUGUCUCUCUCUUGCGCUCGCUCUUACUCUUUUUCUCACUCUGUCUUUCUACAUUGAUGUCUGUGUUUUUCUACCACCGCAGGAGGGUAAGAUUGAAGCGGAGGAGUUCACCAGUCGGUUAUACCGGGAGCUCAACUCCUCUCCUCAGCCAUAUCUUGUGCCUUUCCUCAAGGUGAGACUGAUGUAGCUAGCUAUACACUCGCAACCCAAACAAAUACAAGUGGCCAGAAGAUGCGAUAUAGAUGAGGGAAUGACCUGUGCUCUCCCUCCCCAUCUCCAGAGGAGUCUCCCUGCACUGCGUCAGAUGACCCCAGACUCGACAGCCUUCAUCCAGCAGAGCCAGCUGCCCCAGGCCAGCGCCCAGCCUGCCUCCUCCUCCACGGCCCUGACUUCUGUGGUGCUGGGGGGCACGGCCGCCGCACAGAGACCCCCUCUUAACAGCACCACCAGCCCCGGGGCCAAGGGGACCCUGCACCAGUCCCCUGUCAUCAGCCUGGCCCAGACACCUCACAGCAAGCCUGGCCUGGUAUACUAUAUCCUAAUGAUACUCCACUCAGUGUUUCCCCUAUCGUAUUGGCAGGGGGCCUUGAUGUCUUCGUGUCACAUGAAGUCUGUAUGACUGUAUGUUAUGUUGAAGGAUGACCCCAAGUGUAUCACCUGUUUCACACUACAUGGCAAAGCUGAGCUGCACUGGGCUGGCCUGGUUACCCAUCCACCAUAAUUGCUGGAACCAUGCUAGAAAGGACAAUGUUAAAAAUAAAUACCUGAGCCUGCACAGUAAGGUUCAGGUCUGCUCUAUUAUGUGAAUCAGGCAUACGUCUGUUUUAUACCUCUCUUUCUCUCUCUCGCGCUCUCUGUGUGUGUGUGUAGAUGGUGCCCCAGCAGCAGGGGGCGAUGGCGAGUCCUCAGGUAACUCUGGCCCAGGCGCCCAUGGUUACUCUCCGAGGCCAGCCCCACAGUCGCAUCAUGGGACAGCCGCAGGUGGUCAAACAGCUACAAACAGGUUUGUAUUGUCUGCUUAACUGUGUCAUGCCUUUGUGUUUGAUGUGCGUGUUUGUGUACUUCUACAUGAAAAUGUCAGCUAUUUCUCGAACAAAAAUAUAAUUUAUACAAAGGAUAACAUAACUAAUACCUAUAUCUUAUUUCAGAUUAACCUAGUGCUUUCAUAUACCAUCACUGUAUAAUAUGGCUACUGUGCAGGAUUGGAGCUUUUCUGUGUUAGGUAUUUUUCCACUGGGAGUCUCUGGGGCAAACACGCUCAGUGUGACCAAUGGCAGUGAGCAGUGUCGAUGAUAAAAUGCAUCAGACAGAAGUGUUCUGCCGGCUGCUAUUAGCUAGUGGAGACAGUAGUAAUCUGUGUGUGUGUGGUGUGCUUGUAUUACUGUCCUCCUGGGAACCUGAAAUCCUCAAAAGUCCCCACAAGGAAAAUUCUCCCUCGUGGGGACAUUUCUCAGGUCCCCACGAUGACAAAGGCUACUUAAGGCAUAGGGGUUAGGUUUAGAAUAGGGGUUUGGGGUUAAGGCAGAGGCGUUUUAAAAUUGUUGGGGAACAUUUUUCAUUUUUUAAAAUUCUACUAGCCACCUAGCAAUUUUACGAAGUUGGCUUUAGCUAGCCCAGAUAGGUUACCAAUCUCCCAACCUCAUAACUAGCUACCAAGAAGCCAUUUCAGGCUAUUAAUCAAAUUAGAGUAGCUAGCUUGUCUAACUAUCUCAGCUGGCAUGGCUGCUGGUAAGGUUGGUAGACUUUAGAAAAGCAAGCAAUAACUAAAUGUACUGAAUAAGACUCACAUUCCUUUCUAUCUUUUACCCAGAUUUUAGCAGAGAAGCAUAUACUUAGAUUACCACCAGUCAGUAAGAUACAGACAGCUCAAUAAAAAUGCUUAGAUAUGCAGAAAAAGAAACAAAUUUUUAACAUCGAAUUAAGCAUAAUGAUUAUGGCUCUAGAUUGCAGUUUGAAAAAUGCAAAAUUCUCCAACUUCCACCCCCGAGCCAUCCUUAGAUUUUUGGGGUGCAUGACGCACCUGGGUUAAGGUAAGGGUUAGGGGAAAAUAUCAGUUUGAAUGGAAAUACACUUUAGGUCCCCCACAAGGAUAGUAGAACUGUGUGUGUGUUCGUUCACUGGACUGUAUGGAAACAUCUGUGAAAUGUGUUCUUCCACCAUCUCUCUUCCUCUUGAUCUCAGCUUCUCUCUUCUGCUCACAGCAAAUAUACCAAGAAAAAGUUAAUUAUUUAUUGAUGUGUAAUUAUACAAUAUGAAAGGCUGAGGAGGCUGUGUAAAGGUAGUGUCUGCCUGUUAUCUAACUGUUCCUUUCCUCCCCCGUCUCUCUGUCUCUUUAUCUCAGUUCCUGUAGUGAAACAAGCUCUAGCAUCAGGGGCCAAGGGAACACUGGGGCUCCAGUCUAUGCUCUCUGUUGCACAGAAGAACAAGCUGAAGGAGGCAAGCGGAGGAACCUUCAAGUAAGCUAAGCCACGCACACAUAGACAUGCAUGCACAAAGUGAAAAAGAGUCCUUAUAAACAGUUAUCCUUCUCUUUCUCUCCUUUCCCCUUCUUUCCCUGUCUCCCUCAUCCAGGGAUGAUGAUGACAUUAAUGACGUGGCCUCCAUGGCUGGAGUCAACCUGUCAGAGGAGAGCGCCCGUAUCCUGGCAACCAACUCUGAGCUGGUCGGCGCGGUGACCCGCUCCUGUAAGGACGAGGCCUUCCUCUACACCUCCUCACUAACCCGGAGAGUACAGGAGAUCGGUGAGAUACACGCCACAUACAGUGCAUUCGGAAAGUAUUCGGACCCCUUGACUUUUUCAACAUUUUAUUACGUUACAGCCUUAUUCUAAAAUUGAUUAAAACCUUUUUUUCUCUCAUCAAUCUACACACAAUACCCAAUAAUGACAAAGCAAAAACAGGUUUUUAGAAAUGUUUGCAAAUGUAUAAAUAAAUAAAAUGUAUAAAUAUUACAUUUGCAUAAGUAUUCAGACCCUUCACUCAGGACUUUGUUGAAGCACCUUGGCAGCGAUUACAGCCUAGAGUCUUCUUGGGUAUGACGCUACAAGCUUGGCACUCCUGUAUUUGGGGAGUUUCUCCCAUUCUUCUCUGCAGGUCCUCUCAAGCUGUCAGGUUGGAUGGGGAGCGUCGCUGCACAGCUAUUUUCAGGUCUCCCCAGAGAUGUUCGAUAGGGUUCAAGUCCGGGCUCUGGCUGGGCCACUUAAGGACAUUCAGAGGCUACUCCUGCGUUGUCUUGGCUUUGUGCUUUGGGUCAUUGUUCUGUUGGAAGGUGAAACUUCGUCCCAGUCUGAGGUCCUGAGCGCUCUGGAGCAGGUUUUCAUCAAGGAUCUCUCUGUACUUUGCUCCGUUCAUCUUUCCCUCCAUCCUGACUAGUCUCCCAGUCCCUGCUGCUGAAAAACAUCCCCACAGCAUGAUGCUGCCACCACUGUGCUUCACCGUAGGGAUGGUGCCAGGUUUCCUUCAGACGUGACGCUUGGCAUUCAGGCCAAAGAGUUCAAUCUUGGUUUCAUCAGACCAGAGAAUCUUGUUUCUCAUGGUCUGCGAGUCCUUUAGGUGCCUUUUGGCAAACUCCAAGUGGGCUGUCACGUGCCUUUUACUGAGGAGUGGCUUCCGUCUGGCCACUCUACCAUAAAGGCCUGAUUGGUAGAGUGCUGCAGAGAUGGUUUUCCUUCUGGAAGGUUCUCCCAUCUCCACAGAGGAACUAUGGAGCUCUGUCAGUGUGACCAUCGGCUUCUUGGUCACCUCCCUGACCAAGGCCCUUUCUCCCCCGAUUGCUAAGUUUGGCCGGGCGGCCAGCUCUAGGAAGAGUGUUGGUGGUUCCAAACUUCUUCCAUUUAAGAAUGAUGGGGACCACUGUGUUCUUGGGGACCUUCAAUGCUGCAGAAAUGUUUUGGUACCCUUCCCCAGAUCUGUGCCUCGACACAAUCCUGUCUCGGAGCUCUACGGACAAUUCCUUCGACCUCAUGGCUUGGUUUUUUCUCUGACAUGUACUGUCAACUGUGGGACCUUAUAUAGACAGGUGUGUGCCUUUCCAAAUCAUGUCCAAUCAAUUAAAUGUACCACAGGUGAACUCCAAUUAAGUUAUAAAAACAUCUCAAGGAUGAUCAAUGGAAACAGGAUGCACCUGUGCUCAAUUUUGAGUCUCAUAGCAAAGGGUCUGAAUACUUAUGUAAAUAAGGUAUUUCUAUUUGUUAUUUUUAAUAUAUUUGCUAAAAUGUAUUAUGUCAUUAUGGGGUAUUGUGUGUAGAUUGAUGAGGAUUUGUUAAAAAUGUAAUCCGUUUUAGAAUGAGGCUGUAACGUAACAAAAUGUGGAAAAAGUCAAGGGGUCUGAGUACUUUCCGAAUGCACUGUACACGCACUCAUGCACACACACACAUUCUGUACCUAAAAUCUCUUAACAUCUCCUGUUCCCUUGUGUUGUAACAGGUAGGAGGUUUGGGGUGACUGACCUGGGGCCAGAGGUUAUCAACUACGUUUCCCAUGCUACACAGCAGCGGCUGCAGAACCUGCUGGAGAAAGUGACGGAGGUGGCGCAGCAGAAAAACAUCACCUUCAAGGUGAGAGAACACAGCUUCUGUGGGUGUUGGCGUUGGCGUGAAGGAGGUUCACGAGUUCUUAAAUGAGCUAUUAAAGUUCUAUGUUUUAUUCUGUCUACUGGGUUGUCAUCCUUGUUGUUCCUAGCCUUUCAUCUUCAAAAAGUGCUGAAGGGCCUCCCGAGUGGCGCAGAGGUCUAAGGCACUGCAUCGCAGUGCUAGAGGCGUCACUAAAGACCCGGGUUCUAUCCCAGGCUGUGACCGGGAGACCCAUGAGGCGGCACACAUUUGGCCCAGCAUCGUCCGGGUUAGGGGAGGGUUUGGCCGGCCGGGAUGUCCUUGUCCCAUCGUGCUCUAGCGACUACUUGUGGCAGGCCGGGCGCAUGCACGCUGACUUCGGUCGCCAGCUGUACAGUGUUUCCGUACACAUUGGUGCGGCUGGCUUCCGGGUUAAGCGAGCAGUGUGUCAAGAAGCAGUGCGGCUUGGCAGGGUCGUGUUUCGAAGGAUGCAUUGCUCUCGACCUUCACCUCUCCCGAGUCCGUACGGGAGUUGCAGCGAUGGGACAAGACUGUAACUACCAAUUGGGGAGAAAAAGGGGUAGAAAGUACCGAAAAAGUGCUGAAAUAAAUGUCUGAUGCCCAUGAUAAUAUAUUUUUAAUCAUUAUUUCUCUCUCCACCCCUCUCUCUCUCCUUCAGGAGGAUGAUAAGUAUGAACAGGUGAGUGAUGUGCGAGCCCAGCUGAAGUUCUUUGAACAGCUGGAUCAGAUGGAGAAACAGAGGAAGGAGGAGCAGGAGAGGGAGAUCCUGAUGAAGGCUGCUAAGGUAACUAACUCGCCACCAGAGGCAUUGAUACGCUAACCAUAGAAAUGUGGAGGGGCAACUUCAACCAUAUUACAUAGUGGUUUGUGCCAUCUAGUGGUCAUAUACUGUAAGUGCCAGUAGUGUUGAUCGUGAAUCCGUGCCUCUUUCCUCCCCCAGUCUCGAUCGCGGCAAGAGGACCCAGAGCAGCUUCGGCUCAAACAGAAGGCCAAAGAGGUGAGAGCGAUUGUGUGGCUGUAUACAGAGUGUGUAUAGCAUUAGUGUAUUAUGUUGUAUGCGAAUGAAUUGUAGUGUUUCUCAUACUCUUUGAGUGUCUCAGUCUUCAAGCACAGGAGCGUUGUAUGUGUUAUGCCUGUUCCCUGUGUGUGUUCUAGAUGCAGCAGCAGGAGCUGAAUCAGAUCAGGCAGAAGGAGGCCAACAUGACGGCCCUGGCAGCCAUCGGCCCCAGGAAGAAACGGAAAAUGGACUCCCCUGUCAGCGGAGCCGGGGCUGAGGUAGAGGAUCAUAACCAAACAUAGACCAGUACUCUGGGCUCGAUCGUUGACUAUGUAUUGCGCUUAACAAAGCGAACCAAAUUCUUUGGUUAUUGAAGAUCAACAUGAACUUUCCUUUCUCCGUCUCCCCCUCCCUCCUCCCUCUCUGUAGGGCUCUGGCUCUGGUCCCUCUUCGUCAGGUGGGUCCAGUAGCGGAGGCUCCAGACCUCAGCGCCAGCGCAUCACCAGGGUCAACCUCAGGGACCUGCUCUUCUGUCUGGAGAAUGAAAGGGAAACCAGCAGCUCACACCUGCUCUACAAAGGCUUCCUCAAAUAACACACAGAGACCAGUCUGGCCCAGUAACAAUUCCAGAGAGACAAGACAUUGAGAGAAACCAGUCACUCUGAUGCACCUGACGCAGUCUCCAAUAACCUCCCCAACAGAUAAGAGAAACCAGCCACUCCCAAUAGUACCUCUCUUAUAGGGCCAAAUGGACCAGCUACACUUGAUGGCGGCACCUCCUCUUCUGUGCUCUCCUACAAUCAUGACCUCCUGGGGGAAAGGCAGACCAGCGGCACCUGGAGUAUUAAUAUUCAGCCGAGCCCUACACGCCCUCCUCAAAGAGAGACCAGGUGAGGUGGUGGGACUGACCUCUGACUAGCGCCUCUCACACUUCUGUAGGGACCAGCUACUGGCAACCUGGUCCCCUCCCAUAAACUGCCACCUGGUGCCCUGGAGGGGAAAUUCUCCUAUUUGUGAGGUCUCCUUUGGGUCUGGAAACAUCCUCAUUCACAGUAGGUACAUAGCUUUUGCAUCCUUUAACCUCAUGCAAGAGGCCUAUAUGAUUAGACAUUUAUAAAGGACCCCAGUGAGGAGGACCCUUUUAACACGGUUAACGAACAAAUGUACAAAACUGCAGUAAUAACGUCAAAUCCCUGACGAUACAGAAACUCUGGGCCUUUUGUUGGAACAUUUAUGGCCUAUUUGAUUAGACAUUAUUAAAGGACUAUUGCCUUUUGAGUUUUUUAACGAAAUGUAACAACGUGUUGUGAGUGCGUCAAUCCAAAAUAAGCAAAAUCAGACGCCUUUCGUUGGGGAACUUUUAAUAGUCCCCUAUUGUUAUCAGUAAAUUCUCAUGCUAUUUGCUGGCUUUUUUUUUACGUUUUGAUUACUUUUGCUUUGAGUUGACUUGUUCAAAUAAGUAUUGACAUGUCACACUUCUAGAAAGAUAAUACAUGAACGACGACUCGCUCACACGUAUUAUGUUGAUUGUAACAUCAGGAAAUCGUCCACAGUUUUAGGCUUGUUUAUUCUGUAAAGUAAUCUCUU